UACUUGAAUAAGACUACCUGCAUCGACCGGCAAACUCCAACAUGGCAGCCUACAGAAAGAUCGUCGAGUCAGAGUUUCCUGCCAUUGAUCUGGAACUUCUGGAUUAUGUAUCUGGAGUGCUGGAUGGAGGAGAAGACUUUGAUGACGUGGAUGAUGUCUACGAGGCCAUAGGGGGCGUGCUUCAUGAAGUGGAUUUUGACAGGGAUGAAGAUGGCAUUAGGCACAUUUGCAAGAAACUCUACAAAACUCUCAAGUUGAGUGGAGGAAAGAGCCAAAAGAAUGAUAUCUUAUUGGAUGCCCCAGUUCAGCUGAGCGAACAAGGAAAACAAGAUGACUCCACUAAUGAUGACAGGUCAAUAUGGAUGGCUACUAAUAAAAAUGUUUCACAAGUGAACAAGAAGAAAUUAGAGAAAGCCGAAGCUAAGCUGAAAGCCAAGCAAGAGAGGAAAUUGUUACAGCCUGAGCAAGCAGCUAAACGAAAUGGUGUGGUGAGUGCCUCAGCCAGUCAAGCCGUUAGCAGGAAAGAUGUCAAAGCAGAAGCAGCUGGAUCAGCUAAGGGUUCAGACGUUAGGAUAGAGAACUUUGAUGUAGCUUUUGGUGAAAAAGUACUUCUCAAAGAAGCUAGUUUCACUUUAGCUUUUGGGAGACGAUAUGGACUAGUAGGACGAAAUGGAGCUGGUAAAAGUACCCUUCUGAAAAUGAUUGCCAGCCGAGAGCUUCAGUUUCAAUCCCACAUCUCCAUCCUCCACGUGGAGCAAGAGGUCAUAGGAGAUGACACAUUGGCUUUAGAUAGUGUCUUAGAGUGCGAUGAACUCAGGACAAGGUUACUGAAAGAGGAAAAGGAACUACAUGUGAAAAUCCAAGACAGCUCUGGACCGGGAGACCCCACUCUUGGUGCCAAACUCUCUGAUGUAUAUGCCAAACUAGCGGAAAUAGAAGCUGAUAAAGCCCCUUCAAAGGCAGCCAUGAUCCUGAAUGGUUUAGGCUUCUCACCCAGCAUGCAGAUUCAAACAACCAAAGAAUUUUCUGGUGGUUGGAGAAUGAGGAUAGCAUUGGCCAGAGCACUCUUCUCAAAGCCAGAUCUGUUAUUACUUGAUGAACCUACUAACAUGUUGGAUAUCAAAGCCAUUCUUUGGCUUGAAGAUUACCUUCAAGAUUGGCCUACAACACUGCUCAUAGUCUCUCACGACAAGAAGUUCUUGAACGAAGUUGCCACAGACAUGAUUCAUCAGCACUCAAGGAGGUUAGAUGCCUACAGAGGAAACUAUGAACAAUUCUUCAAGACUAAGACAGAGAAACACAAGAACCAACAGAGGGAGUAUGAAGCUCAGGUCCAGUUCAGAGAGCAUGUACAGACUUUUAUAAAUCGAUUCAGGUACAAUGCCAACAGAGCUGCCCUUGUACAGAGCAAAAUCAAACAACUAGAAAAACUGCCUAAACUCAUUCCAGUUGAAAAAGAGAGUGAAGUUAUACUAAGGUUUCCAUCCGAGAUCUCGAAGCUUUCCCCGCCCAUCCUACAGUUAGAUGAAGUCAACUUCAGCUAUGGUCCUGACGCACAUAUCUUUGAUGCUGUAGACUUGUCGGCUUGCAUGGAGUCUAGGAUAUGUAUCGUUGGUGAGAAUGGUUCUGGAAAGACAACUCUUCUGAAGAUCUUGUUAGGUGAUUUGAACCCUGUAUCAGGUCUCAGGCACUGCCAUAGAAACCUGAGGUUAGGCUACUUCAGUCAGCAUCAUAUAGACAAUAUGAACUUUGACAAGAAUGCUAUAGAAGUCAUGGCAUCCAAGUUCCCAGGAAAGACAGCCGAGCAGUACAGGCAGCAGUUAGGAUCCUUUGGGGUGACGGGUGACCUUGCUACUAGACCAUUGACCAGUCUCUCUGGAGGUCAGAAGAGUAGAGUAGUCUUUGCUCUCAUGUGUGCUGGAAAUCCUAACUUCUUCAUUCUUGACGAACCUACCAAUCAUCUGGAUAUAGAGACAGUCGAGGCUCUAGGCAAAGCUUUAGCCAGCUACAAGGGUGGAGUCAUUCUGGUUUCUCACGACGAGAGUUUGAUCCGAAUGGUGUGCAAGGAAUUAUGGGUAUGCGGAGGAGGGACGGUCAAGGCCAUGGAAGGAGGGCUGGAUGAAUACAAGAGGAUGGUAGAGAAGGAGUUUGAGCAGCAGAAGAAAUAGGAAAACCUUCAUAACAGACAGUCUCACCUUUUAAAGACCGUCAAUAAUACUACUGUGCCAGAAGGGAUUAGACCACACAGCGAGGUCACUGACAGGUGGCUAUCUCAUCAAUUCAGCUCUCAACUAACAUAAGAAAAAGAGGAUCAUGGGGGGCCAACAGGCACCGAUUGGGGAAGUUUUCUAUAUAGAGGGAGCAAGUAGCUACAAGUAGGACGGUGGGCCUUUAAAACAACUUGAAUUGUGUGACAGCAGUCAAAGAGGGAAAAGGGUUGGUGAAAGUUUGAUAGAAGUUGGGCAAAUAAUGACAAAGUUGUGAAUGCUAGGAAUAUAUAUCAUGUUAUCUUUGUGGCUGCCAAAUCCACAAAUGGAUCACCGACCGAUAAGAUGCAAUGCCUCAUAGGUAGAGCAGUGGUUUCAUAUCCGUAUUUUAAAUUUCAUAAUUUUCCUUCUUUUUUGUGAUUGAGAUACUGUACUCCCCUGCAAACAAGAUAUAGUAUGCAGAAUGAUAUUCUGCUUGACAUUUUAUGAAGUCAAAUCAUGAACACAAA